AUGAACGAGAUUCGAACCUCCUCCAGGCCUGGUCCCCUUCCACACGCCUCACUAGUGCACGAGAUCCAGGCGCUGUCUGCGCCUGUACGUCUCACUCUCACUCCGCUGUCUGCACCUGUACAUCUCACUCUCACGCCGCUGUCUGCACCUGUACGUCUCACUCUCACUCCGCGAUCUGCACAUGUACGUCUCACUCCGCUGUCUGCACCUGUACGUGUCACUCUCACGCCGCUGUCUGCACCUGUACAUCUCACUCUCACUCCGCGGUUUGCACUUGUACGUCUCCGCUGUCUGCACCUGUACGUCUCACUCUCACUCCACUGUCUGCACCUGUACGUCUCACUCUCACUCCACUGUCUGCACCUGUACGUCUCACUCUCACUCCGCUGUCUGCACCUGUACAUCUCACUCUCACUCCGCGGUCUGCACCUGUACGUCUCACUCUCAUUCCGCGAUCUGCACAUGUACGUCUCACUCCGCUGUCUGCACCUGUACGUGUCACUCUCACGCCGCUGUCUGCACCUGUACAUCUCACUCUCACUCCGCGGUUUGCACCUGUACGUCUCCGCUGUCUGCACCUGUACGUCUCACUCUCACUCCACUGUCUGCACCUGUACGUCUCACUCUCACUCCGCUGUCUGCACCUGUAUGUCUCACUCUCACUCUGCUGUCUGCACCUGUACGUCUCACUCUCACUCUGCUCUCUGCACCUGUACGUCUCACUCCACUGUCUGCUGUCUGCACCUGUACGUCUCACGCUCACUCCGCGGUCUGCACCUGUACGUCUCACUCUCACUAAUGUCUGCACCUGUACGUCUCACUCUCACUCCGCUGUCUGCACCUGUAUGUCUCACUCUCAUGCCGCUGUCUGCACCUGUACGUCUCACUCUCACUCUGCACCUGUACGUCUCACUCCGCUGUCUGCACCUGUACGUAUCACUCUGCUGUCUGCACUUGUACGUCUCACUCCGCGGUCUGAACCUGUACGUCUCACUCUCACUAAUGUCUGCACCUGUGCGUCUCACUCUCACUCCGCUGUCUGCACCUGUACGUCUCACUCUCACUCCACUGUCUGCACAUGUACGUCUCACUCUGGUGUCUGCACCUGUACGUCUCACUCUCACGCUCCUGUCUGCACCUGUACGUCUCACUCUCACGCUCCUGUCUGCACCUGUCCGUCUCACUCUCGCGCUCAUGUCUGCACCUGUACGUCUCACUCUCACUCUGCUGUCUGCACCUGUACGUCUCACUCCGCGGCUGCACCUGUACGUCUCACUCUCACUCUGCUGUCAGCACAUGUACAUCUCACUCUCAUUCCACUUUCUGCACCUGUACGUCUCACUCUCACGCCGCGGUCUGCACCUGUACGUCUCACUCUCACUCCGCUGUCCGCACCUGUACGUCUCACUCUCACUCCGCUGUCUGCACCUGUACGUCUCACUCUCACUCUGCUGUUUGCACCUGUACGUCUCACUCUCACUCUGCUGUCUGCACCUGUACGUCUCACUCUCACUCCGCAGUCUGCACCUGUACGUCUCACUCUCACUCUGCUGUCUGCACCUGUACGUCUCACUCUCACGCUGCUGUCUGCACCUGUACGUCUCACUCACUCCGCGGUCUGCACCUGUACGUCUCACUCUGCGGUCUGCACCUGUACGUCUCACUCUCACUCUGCUGUCUGCACCUGUAUGUCUCACUCUAACUAAUGUCUGCGCCUGUACGUCUCACUCUUACUCUGCUGUCUGCACCUGUACGUCUCACUCUCACUCCACUGUCUGCACCUGUACGUCUCACUCUGCUGUCUGCGCCUGUACGUAG